GUUAUCGAUAGUUCCUCGCUCGUUGGCUGCCUGUGGCGUCGGUUUCAAUUUGCUUGUUUUCAAUUGCUGGCUUAAACUCGGGCCCAAAAUGAAUCGCCGCAACAAGCGCACAUCCUAUUUCCAAUACGAAGUGUACCUGGACUUCAUGGAGGACAAUCCCCUGAUGUCGGCCAACAAAUUGGGACGCACUCAGGAUGGCAAAAAGUGGAAAGAGCUGAGCGAUGAGCUAAACAAGUGCCCAGUUGGUCCGACCUUAGCGCCCGAGGAAUGGCGCAAGCGCCUCAACGACUGGAAGAACAGCACACGGGCCAAGUUCCGACGCAGCCUUACUUCGGAUGAUAAGAGCAAUAUGCUGACUCCGCUGGAAAACAGGGCUCUGCAGAUCUUCUCCACCGAGUCGACGUAUCUAGAGCUGCCAGCUCCUCCGGGCGUAAAGGAGUUGGUGGAGGAACAUAUAGACCAGGAGGAGCAAGGGGAGGAGGAGCCAGAGGACAUGGAGGAGGAGGAAGUAGAGUACCAGGAGGUGGUAGCACCCCAAGAGCAGGCCACCCGGGCGGUUAUCAAUGGUCACAGGUCCGGCAAACAGUUACGGCUGCAAGACACCGGCGAGAUCAUCUACCAAGUAGCGAACCUCGCGCCAUCUGCACAAUCUCCUCCGAAAGUACCUGCCCCUGCCACAGCCUGCGGCAAGAAAAUCGAGCAGCAGCUGAAGCGCAUAUCGGAUAUUCAGGAGGCAUCUUUGCAUUUCAAGAUAGCCUGCUUCAAGUACAACAAUCCCGGAUUCGACUACGACCCGUAGUUAGAUCGCUCUGAUAAGCGUGUACAUUGUAGUAUUUAAGCCUCGAGGGACCUGCUAAUGUCAAGAAGCCUUCAACGACUAGUACAGAUAGAUAAUUUUCAACACUGCAGAUGUACAUAUAUAAAAAGUCACUAACGCUGUGGUUCUAGGCAUAUCGCACAUGUUUUGUUUCAAGUAUAUGUACAUAAGCUACUUCAGUAAAGAGAGCUGUUAUAUAAGAUUUGGAAAUUA